UUUAGCACGUUUUGAUCAAAACAUCGUAAUUUUGCUUGUUUCUCGUGUUUUAUUGUAAAUUUUGUCCAAAAUAAUGUCUUCAAUCGGUCCUUUGGAGUCCGAACAGUUGUCUAAUUUGAUCUUAAAGUGGUAUGAAGCCCAAAAAAAUCAAAGUUCAACCAAAAAUGAGGGCUCCGAAAUUGAUGUCAUAAACCUCACGUGGAUUCUAAAAGCGCUCGGAUUUAAGCUGGAUUUCAUGGAUUUUCUGCCAGAAACGAUCAACGAUAAAUCCAAGGAGAUCCACAUCGAGUUAAAAUGCAGCGUCUCUGGUUUGGUGGCUCGACUUAAUUACAAAUUGGAGUCCUGUGUUUGUCCCAAGAAGAAAGAUGAGCAAACUUUUUGGGAAGUUCAAGGAAUUGCGCCAUCCGCAAAGGCUCAAGUCAAGCAAGAAAAUACUUCGAGCAGUUUACUGCCGGAAAUGUCCGAAAGUUGUUCCUUGGUGUCGAAAGCUAUUUUGCAAAAUUUGCUGAAAUAUUACAAGGAUUGCGUUGAAGAAAGUGGUGGCAAAGUCGAGAUAUCCGAGGCGCAAAAAAAGAUUAAAAUUCCAGAAAUUUUCGCUUCGAAGCAAACCAAGUCAGAUGAAGCGUCCGUUUCGAAACCAGAAGUGCCACAACCUGAAAUCGCGUCUCAAGUCCCGAAUAUGCCAGAAAUAAAUGUCGAGAUAAAGGCUGAGGAACCUGCAAUUACGGAAGAAAUGCAAAAUUCACCGUCAGAAAGUUUUAUUUUGCCAAUUUGUACAAACACCACGAACAUUGUCACCUCGAGUCCAAAUGAAAAAUUCGAGGAUCACAGCAGUCGCGAUGCCAACGUUGUGCAAGCUCUUAAUGAAGCACGUUCAAAAAUUAAUCAGGCUUUGCUUUAUAUGAAACUGAAUGUCACGCAAGAUCUUUCGAUGGCUUCGAACAGUAUUUUGAUGACCACGCCGAAGGUUAAGGGGAACGGGUAUGCCAUGGGAACUCCAGGUUCAAUGAAACGAAGUGCUACGGCAAAUGAAAUUACUCAGCAUAGAGCUGCAGCGCAAAAGGCAAAGCAAGCAUCAACAAUUUCACGUCGCAGCAGUUUCGGCAUCAAACAAUCAACCGCAACCCCGCUAAUGGGCACUUCAGCACUAAAACGCAGUAAUUCCAUGCGAAGUGAUACUCCGCGUUUGCAAAAGAUCUCUCAAAAAGUCGCCACUGGCAUUCCCACCAAAUCAACGUCCAGUUUGUCCAUCAGCAACGCCAGCAGUUUGUCGACAUCCAGCAGCUCUUUAAGCUCUGUCACUAGCAAGACAUCGUCCACCACUAAAGAACCGUUCCUCAAACCGUUGCCGGGAUCGAAAAAGAAAAUUGUCCCAAAGGCACCUUCGUUGAUCGAAAGAUUUAAAAUGCAAAAUCCUGUCACACCGAAAAAGUAAAAGCUCAUAAAAAAAUUCAUUUCGUUAGAGUCUACAACAAUUUAUUUAUUUAUUUUUUAUUAAAAAAGAUCUGAAUUUUUCGCCUCUGUCUAAUAGAUAAUAGGUAUUUUUUUUGUAAUAAUAGUACUUAGAACCUAUAAGAUUUAACCAUUUUCGGAGUUUAAUAUUUACAGUACAAAAAUUAACAUCAAUUCGGUUUUUAAAUAUUUUUUUGUUUUGUUUUUAAAAAGGAAUUGCUUCGAACAUUUUUUAUACAUGUAUUUUUGUUGGCAAU